UACCCGGAAGCGGUAUCCUUGAUGACGUUUCGCUGGGUGACGUGUCUGGUUAGCAGGAAGGAGGAAGUUAGUGCGAGCUGUCGGUUGGAACUUAGAGCGGAUACUACUUUGCUCAUCUUAUCGGGCCCGGGUUAUAUCAGUAUCCCUCUGCCGCACCGGCUACCGGGCAUGGCCACCCAACCCAGCACUGUGAUGUUCAGUUUAUUGCUGCUGGCCGUUAUCGGGCCCUGCGCGGCUUUCUACCUGCCUGGUCUGGCCCCAGUAAGCUUCUGCGAGCAGGGAAAGGAAACAGCGGAAUGCAAGUCUGAAAUAGAGCUGUUUGUGAACAGACUGGACUCUGUGGAAUCGGUUCUUCCUUAUGAAUAUGCUGCGUUUGAUUUUUGCCAAAAUACAGGAGAAAAACGUCCAUCUGAAAAUCUUGGUCAGGUGCUGUUUGGUGAAAGAAUUGAACCCUCCCCAUAUAAGUUUAUAUUUAACAAGGAAGUAAAAUGCCAGCUUGUUUGUAAAAAGACUUAUUCUUCUUCUAACCAAGAAAGCAAGUCCAAACUUGAUUUUCUGAAAAAAAGUAUGCUUCUGAACUAUCAGCAUCAUUGGAUUGUUGACAAUAUGCCUGUAACGUGGUGUUAUGAUGUUGAAGACGGACAGAGAUUUUGCAAUCCUGGAUUUCCUAUUGGUUGUUACAUUACUCAAAAUGGUCAUCCGAAAGAUGCAUGUGUAAUUAAUUCAGAGUUCCACGAGAAAGACGCAUAUUAUAUCUUCAACCAUGUGGAUAUCAAAAUGUUCUACCAUGUUGUAGAAAAUGAGGGCCAAGGGGCAAGACUUGUAGCUGCUAAACUUGAACCUAAAAGCUUCAAGCAGACACAUGUUGACCAGCCAGACUGCUCAGGGCCUCCUAUGGAAAUCAAGAAUGCUUUCGGUGGUGACGUCACUGUUCCAUAUACCUACUCUGUAACUUUUCAUGAAGAAAAAACCAUUAGAUGGGCAUCUAGAUGGGAUUAUAUUUUAGAAUCCAUGCCUCACACACACAUUCAGUGGUUUAGUAUUAUGAACUCACUUGUGAUUGUCCUGUUCCUGUCGGGUAUGGUUGCCAUGAUUAUGCUAAGGACAUUACAUAAAGAUAUUGCAAGGUACAAUCAGAUGGAUUCUACGGAAGAUGCACAGGAAGAAUUUGGCUGGAAGCUGGUUCAUGGUGAUAUUUUCAGAGCACCAAGAAAAGGCAUGCUGCUCUCUGUUUUCCUGGGUUCUGGCACUCAGAUUCUAAUAAUGACUUUUGUAACUUUGUUUUUUGCCUGCCUUGGAUUUUUGUCCCCUGCCAACAGAGGUGCUCUAAUGACUUGUGCUGUUGUGUUGUGGGUGUUGCUUGGAACUCCAGCUGGUUAUGUUGCUUCAAGAUUUUACAAAUCAUUCGGGGGAGAAAAGUGGAAGACAAAUGUUUUAUUGACUGCGUUUCUCUGCCCAGGGAUUGUAUUUGCAGAUUUCUUCUUAAUGAACUUAAUUCUCUGGGGAGAAGGAUCCUCUGCAGCAAUCCCAUUUGGUACCCUUGUGGCUAUACUAGCAUUGUGGUUUUGCAUUUCCGUACCUCUGACAUUCGUCGGAGCAUAUUUUGGUUUUAAGAAGCAUGCCAUUGAACACCCUGUCCGCACCAAUCAGAUACCUCGUCAGAUUCCUGAGCAGUCAUUCUACACAAAGCCAUUACCUGGGAUUGUAAUGGGAGGAAUUUUGCCCUUUGGGUGUAUUUUCAUUCAGCUAUUUUUCAUUCUUAACAGUAUUUGGUCUCAUCAGAUGUAUUACAUGUUUGGAUUUUUGUUCUUGGUAUUUAUUAUUUUGGUCAUUACUUGUUCUGAGGCAACUAUAUUACUUUGCUACUUUCAUCUGUGCGCAGAGGACUACCACUGGCAAUGGCGCUCAUUUCUAACUAGUGGCUUUACUGCAGUAUAUUUUCUUGUAUAUGCUGUACAUUAUUUUUUCUCCAAACUACAAAUCACAGGGACAGCAAGUACCAUUUUGUACUUUGGUUACACCAUGAUCAUGGUUCUCAUCUUUUUCCUUUUUACAGGUACAAUUGGAUUCUUUGCUUGCUUUUGGUUUGUAACAAAGAUUUAUAGUGUUGUUAAAGUUGACUGAAGAAUGAAAUCCAACCAAUUAGCGGGAACAUGUACUGAUCACUGGGACUGGUUAUUUACUUUACAGUAUUGUCACCUAUUUGUAGGAAAACAGUAACAAAAUACACCUGUCUUUGCAACAUCUUUGGUUUUGAACUAAAACAUGUUUGAUUAAAAUAGCAUUUACAUGUUCCUGUUGAAGAGCCCAUUUUAAGAUUGUAUGCAUUUGUAAAUAACGGCUGUAACUAAGAUUUAUGCUUUAUACGGUGGAUGUCAGCUAGAGCAACCAUACAAAUGUCAAUACUAUUAAUAAAGUACAAUUGUAAAUAUUCAGUUUUGCUUUUAGACUGUAGGUGAAAUGAAUGAAGCUUUGAAGAAGGUAAAUUUACCUUAAAACUAUGGCAAUGUGCUUUCCGAAAAAAUUUCCUUUCAUUCAAGUUGAGUUUUAUUUUUUUAUACUUGGUGAUACGUCCUGACCAUGAGUUUUUGUUGUCUUUAUUAGGUUUAGUGAUUGAAGCCUUUAAAACUAUGUGCCUCUCAGUCUAUGAAUUUUUAAAUUUAUAAUCUUAAUAAAUAUUGUAAAAAUGUAAUAAAUAUGUUCUUUAUUA